AUGGAUUUGCGUAAAUGGCUUUGGAGUGCGCGCGCAGUGGUCGUCUUGGUGCUCACCGUCACUGACCGUUGUCGGUGUGAGAUGACCUGGGAGGUGCCUCGUUUUGACGGCUGGUACAACAGUUUGGGCAGUCCCAGACGUGGAGCUGUAGGUUCUCAUCUUGUUCGCCUCAUGCCCGCGCACUACUGGGAUGGGGUUUACCAAGCUGUCCACGAGCCACUGCAGCCAAACCCCCGCAAGCUGAGCAGGCUUCUAACUGAAGGGCCCUCCGGUCUGCCCUCCACACGCAACCGGACCGUGCUGUCUCUCUUCUUCGGUUAUCACGUUGCUUUCGAGAUUUUUGACUCAAGAACUCCUGGUUGUCCACCAGAGUUCUUGAACAUCCAAGUCCCUAAAGGUGACCCUGUCUUUGACCCCACCGCCACCGGGAAUGUCCUGCUGCCCUUCCAGAGAGGACAGUGGGACAAGGAGUCUGGGCAGAGUCCCAGCAACCCUCGCACACAGGUUAACUCUGUGACGGCGUGGAUCGAUGGAAGCUCCAUCUACGGUCCCUCCUCUUCUUGGUCUGACUCCCUGAGAAGCUUCUCUGGAGGUCUCUUGACUUCAGGAUCUGAAUGGAACAUGCCAAGUCAGGGAGGGGACCUCAAUUUCAUGUGGAGCUCUCCUGAUCCCUCAACAGGAGAACAUGGACCACAAGACCUUUACGAGUUGGGAAACGCCUGGGCCAAUGAGAACGUGUUCACGGCAGCAGAGGGGAUUAUCUGGUUUCGCUACCACAAUUAUGUCGCCGACGAGCUGCAUAAGAAACACCCAGAGUGGUCAGAUGAGGAGCUGUUUCAACACGCCAGGAAGAUCGUUGUGGCCACGCUCCAGAAUAUUGCUGUUUAUGAAUGGCUGCCAGGAUUCCUCGGAGACAAAAAGCUUCCUCCAUACCCAGGUUACCAGAAGUUUGUUGAUCCAGGGAUCUCUCCUGAGUUUCAAGCUGCUGCCAUAAGAUUUGGCGUCACUAUGGCUCCACCUGGUGUUUACAUGAGAAACCGAACCUGUCACUUUCGAAAGAUUAUCAGCUCUGAUGGAAUCACAUCACCAGCACUGCGGCUUUGUCACAGCUUCUGGAAACGUCACAGGGUCAAUGUGAGGACAGGUCAGGAUGUGGAUGAUCUCCUGAUGGGCAUGGCCUCUCAGAUCGCAGAGAGAGAAGACCGUGUUGUUGUGGAGGACCUAAGAGAUUACAUGUACGGACCGCUAAGGUUCACCCGCACGGAUCUGGUGGCUCUAACCAUCCAGAGAGGAAGAGACUUCGGUCUGCAAAGUUACAACAGUUUGAGAAACGCUCUGGACCUGCCGCCCGUGAACACAUUUGAAGAAAUCAAUCCUGAACUCAACCGGACCAACCCGCAGUUGCUUCGCAGCGUUGCAGAAAUGUACGACGGAGACGUUUCACGUCUGGAGCUCUUCCCUGGAGGACUGCUUGAGUCCACUGACGGCCCAGGUCUGGUUUUCUCUGCCAUAAUCCUGGACCAGUUUGAACGCAUCAGGAACGGAGACCGCUUCUGGUUUGAGAACAAACAGAAUGGUUUGUUCACGGAUGAGGAGAUCCAGACAAUCCGUGAUGUCACGUAUCAUGAUGUCAUCGUUGCAGUCACAAACGCAGAGGCCACUGAUAUACAAAAAAAUGCCUUUUUUUGGAGGGAUGGUGACCCCUGUCCUCAGCCCGCACAGCUGAAUGCAUCAAUGCUGCAGCCCUGCACCAAUGCAACAAAAUUUAAUUACUUUGAUGGGAGUCAUGCAGGCUUCUCCAUAUUUAUCAUUGCUAUGUUCCUCUUCCCUGUCGUGAGCUAUCUGGUGGCGUGCAUGGUGGCAUAUCUGCGGAAGUACAGGUACAGGAAGUUUCAAAGGACAAAGGCCAAAGCUGGUGACAGAGCAGAGGAGCCAUCUGUGGGAAUUACUGCAUACGAGUGGCAUGGCCAUGAAAAGCAGCUGCAGCCAGUGAGCGUGGAGGUCGAAAAGAGGCGGCUGCAGGUCUUUGACAGAUCUGGGCCUUCUCACCGCUGCCUGAAUCUGGGCAAUCAGGACUACAUAGAUGUCCUUCUCUCCAACGACCGUUACCAUAAAGCUCUGCUCCUCAAAGUACCAAAAGAGUACGACCUGGUUCUGUUUUUUGAUGACGUGAGCAAACGCUCCGAGUUCAUCAGGCACUUGCGCUUGGAGGUGGCAGAAAUCAGGCAGGAGAUUAGAGUGAAGGAGAUGAGUGAGAAGGAACUGCUGAAGGAGGCUCUUACCAAACAGGAACGGGCUCAGAUUGUGGAAACUUUCAUUCGACACGCUUUCUCAAAGGUCUUGGAAAUAGAGAAGUGUGACGCCGGAGAUAUGAGCGGCGUUUCUCGCAUGCGAGCCCGAGAGGUCCUUCAGUGCGAGCUGACGGCGUCAGAGUUUGCUGACGCACUCUGCCUGAAGGCCGACUCCUUGUUUGUGGACUCCAUGUUCACGCUGGCUGAUAAAGAUGGAAACGGUUACCUCUCCUUCCAAGAGUUCCUUGAUGUCAUAGUUAUCUUUAUGAAAGGGUCUCCAGAGGAAAAGUCCAAACUGAUGUUUUCCAUGAAUGACAUCGGUGGAACUGGUUACUUAUCCAAAGACGAAUUUGCCAGAAUGCUCAGGUCUUUCAUUGAACUCUCCAACGGAGCACUGUCAAAGAAGCAGGCAGAGGAUGGCAUCAAGGCCAUGAUGCAGGCCGCAGGCUUUGAUGACAGGGAGAAAAUCUCAUGGGCGGACUUCCACUUCCUCUUGAAGGAUCAUGAGAAGGAGCUGCAGUUUGCUCAGCUCAAUGUUAAAGGGGUGGAGAAACAGGAAAAGAAACGUCUAAGUCAAUACCAACGUGUGUCUUUCAUCUGCCCAGCAAACAGCACCAACAAAACAGAUGGACUGGAGUUACGCAGACGGAAAAAGUUAAGCGUCAAGACCCCAAAUGUCUAUGUGAAGCCGAAGCGUGACCAGUACGUCAGGAACCCCAUCCGGCAGAAAGUCCAGCAGUUCAAGCGCUUCGUCGAGAAUUACCGCCGUCACAUUAUGAGCUUCAUCGUCGUCUACGGCAUCACAGCUGGUGUGAUCAUCGAGAGGUGUUACUACUACGCCGUGCAGGCGGAGGCCACAGGUAUGCCUGAGACAUCAGUGGUGGGGAUCAUCGUUGCUCGUGGCUCGGCGGCUGGCGUCUCCUUCCUGUUUCCCUACAUUCUUCUCACCGUGUGCCGCAACCUGAUCACGCUGUGUCGAGAGACCUUUCUCAAUCGAUACAUCCCCUUCGAUGCUGCCAUCGACUUCCAUCGCUUCAUGGCGAUGACCGCCAUCGUCCUCUCAGUUGUUCACAGUUUGGGCCACGUGGUAAACGUCUACGUGUUUUCCGUCAGCGACCUCAGCAUCCUUUCUUGCCUGUUUCCCAAAGUCAUAGCCAACAAUGGGGCUGAAGUUCCUCCUAAGUGGUACUGGUGGUUCUUUCAGACUGUCCCAGGAGUUACUGGCAUCUUACUUUUAUUUACAUUUGCGUUCAUGUAUGUUUUUGCCUCUCGGUAUUUCCGUCGGAUCAGUUUUCGUGGGUUUUGGAUCACUCAUUAUCUCUAUGUUGUUGUGUACGUUCUGACAGUUAUACAUGGCAGCUUUGCUCUGCUCCAAGAGCCCCGUUUCCACAUCUACCUGAUCCCUCCGGCCUUGCUCUUCCUGCUGGACAAACUGAUCAGCCUAAGCAGGAAGAAGCUGGAGAUCCCUGUUGUCAGGGCUGAGCUUUUGCCUUCAGGAGUGACCCACCUGGAAUUCAAGCGACCACAGGGCUUUGUGUACCGUUCAGGCCAGUGGGUUCGGAUCGCGUGCCUGAUGUUGGACACAGAUGAGUACCACCCGUUCACACUCACAUCAGCACCGCAUGAGGAGACCCUGAGCCUGCACAUCCGAGCUGUGGGACCCUGGACCAGCCGACUCCGAGAGCUUUACGCUGAAGAAAACUACCUGGAGUUUGGAGCCUAUCCAAAGCUCUACUUGGAUGGCCCGUUUGGUGAGGGCCACCAGGAGUGGAAUGACUUUGAAGUGUCUGUUCUGGUGGGGGGAGGAAUAGGUGUCACACCAUUUGCCUCCAUCCUGAAAGACCUGGUCUUCAAGUCCUCCAUCAAGUCCAAGAUUCUGUGUAAAAAAGUGUAUUUCAUUUGGGUGACCCGGACACAGCGUCAGUUUGAGUGGGUUUCUGACAUCAUCAGGGAGGUGGAGGAGAUGGACACAGAGGAGCUGGUCUCAGUUCAUACUUACAUCACUCAAGUGGCUGAAAAGUUUGACCUGCGCACGACCAUGCUGUAUGUAUGUGAGCGCCACUUUCAGAAGGUGUGGAACCGCAGCCUCUUCACCGGCCUGCGAUCCGUCACCCACUUUGGUCGACCGCCCUUCCUGUCAUUUUUCAGCUCGCUGCAGGAGGUUCACCCUGAGGUCUGUAAAAUGGGUGUAUUCAGCUGUGGACCACCUGGACUGACCAAGAACGUGGAGAAAGCUUGUCAGCAGAUGAACAAGAGGGACCAGGCCCACUUCAUCCACCACUACGAAAACUUCUAA